CUUUUGUGUCUCUCCUCUCUAAGUGCUGCUGCUGCGGCGGCGGCGGCUUAAGGGAUCUGAACUUGCUGGCACCCUUAAUUGGGACAAGCAGAACGUGGCAGAAGACAGAAAGAUUCCUCCGGAUCUCCUGGAGACUUCCUGAGAGCACAAAUGGAUGAGCAAGACUCGGCUGGCCCUCAAGCAGGAAGAGGCAAUACCAUCCAAACUGGGAGCAUCGGGGGAUUCUGGGGAAAUUCAGUGCAGAAGAUCCUGGGCGAGGAGGACAUCCUCAGCUCAGAUGUGCAGAGCCAGCAGUUCAGGCAGUUCUGCUACCAGGAGGCUGAAGGACCCCGAGAGGUUUGCAGCCGACUCUACCACCUUUGUCGUCAGUGGCUGAAGCCAGAAAGGCAUACAAAAGCUCAGAUGCUGGACCUGGUGAUCUUGGAGCAGUUCUUGGCUGUCCUUCCACCGGAGAUUGAGAGCUGGGUGAGGGAAUGUGGAGCGGAGACCAGUUCCCAGGCAGUGGCCCUGGCCGAAGGUUUCCUCCUGAGUCAGGCUCUGGAGAGAAAGCAGGCCGAGCAGCAGGGAGUGAAUCUGUUUGUAGAAUUGUGCACGGAUUACUCUGAGGCAGAGACAUUGGACAGCAGACAGAGGCCACUGGGUGACAGAAUGAUGCUGGCAAGACCUUCUCAUCCAUCUUUUCAUCAUGGCAGAGGGGAAGCAGCGGCUGUGGAACCAGAUCAGGGUCCAGUGCGCUUUGAAGACGUAGCUGUUCAUUUCACAGAUGAGGAGUGGGCAUUGCUGGAUCCUGACCAGAGAGCUCUGCAUAACAAAGUCAUGGAGGAGAAUUGUGGGAUCCUGGACUCUCUUGGUGGGGAUGAAUUGGAAAUUAAGAACAAGGUAGUUCACAACAAAAUCCACACCAUGGAGGAGCCAUCUAAAUAUUUGGAAUGUGGAGCGAGCUUCAGUCAGAGCUCCCAUUUCGCUUCCUAUCAAAGAAAUCCCAUUGGGAAGAAACCCUAUCAGUGCUUGGAAUGUGGAAAGAGCUUUAAUACAAGCAGAAACUUCCGUCGGCAUCAAAGUAUUCACCGUGGGGAGAAACCGUUCCAUUGCCAAGAGUGUGGAAAGAGCUUCAGUCAGAAAGAAAGUCUCACUUCCCAUCAGAGAAUUCAUACAGGGGAGAAACCGUAUCAUUGCUUGGAAUGUGGAAAGAGCUUCAGUCGAAGCCACCGUCUCACUUCCCACCAAAGAACUCAUAGUGGGGAGAAACCAUAUCUGUGCUUGGAAUGUGGAAAGAGCUUCAGUCGGGGCGACCGUCUCACUUCCCAUCAAAGAAUUCACACAGGGGAGAAACUGUACCAGUGCUUGGAAUGUGGAAAGAGCUUCAGUCAGAAGGAAAGUCUCACUUUCCACCAAAGGAUUCACACAGGGGAGAAACCGUACCAGUGCUUGGAAUGUGGGAAGAGCUUUAAUACAAGCACAAACUUCCGUCGACAUCAGAGAAUUCACAGUGGGGAGAAACCUUUUCAAUGCCAAGAGUGCGGAAAGAGCUUUAAUACAAGCACAAAAUUCCAUAGUCAUCAAAGUAUUCACCGUGGGGAGAAACCAUUUCAGUGCCAAGAGUGUGGAAAGAGCUUCACCUGGAAGGAAAGUCUCACUUCUCAUCAGAGAAUUCAUACGGGGGAGAAACCGUAUCAGUGCUUGGAAUGUGGAAAGAGCUUUAAUGCGAGCACAAACUUCCGUCGACAUCAAAGUAGUCAUCGUGGGGAGAAGCCGUUUCAGUGCCAAGAGUGUGAAAAGAGCUUCAGUCAGAAGGAAAGUCUUCUUUCCCAUCAAAGGAUUCAUACAGGGGAGAAGCCAUAUCAUUGCUUGGAAUGUGGGAAGAGCUUCAGUCAGAGCGCACCUCUCACUUCCCAUCAGAGAAUUCAUACAGGGGAGAAACCGUAUCAGUGCUUAGAAUGUGGAAAGAGCUUCAGUCACAGGUCCAAUCUCACGGCCCACCAAAGAAUUCACAGCGGGGAGAAGCCAUACCACUGCUUGGAAUGCGGAAAGAGCUUCAGCCAGAGCUCCUACCUCACUUACCAUCAAAGAACUCACAGCGGGGAGAAACCUUAUCAGUGUGUGGAGUGUGGAAAGCGAUUCACCUGGAAGAAAAGUCUCACUUCCCAUCAAAGAACUCACAGCGGGGAGAAACCCUAUCAGUGCUUGGAAUGUGGAAAGAGUUUCAGCCAAAGCUCCAAUCUAACUACCCAUCAAAGAACUCACAGUGGGGAGAAACCAUAUCAGUGCAUGGAGUGUGGAAAGAGCUUCACUGACAGUGGAAAACUUAGAAUUCAUCAACGGACUAACAUGGGGGAGAAACCAUUUAAAUGUAUGGAGUGUGGACAGAGCUUCAGUCAGAGUGGAGGCCUUAGAAAACAUCGACGGAGUCACACGGGGGAGAAACCAUUUAAAUGUAUGGAGUGUAGAAAGAGCUUCAAUCAGAGUGGACACCUUAGAAUACAUCAACGGAGCCACACGGGGGAGAAACCAUUUAAAUGUAUGGAGUGUGGAAAGAGCUUCAGUCGGAGUGGAGCACUUAGAAUUCAUCAACGGAUUCACACGGGGGAGAAACCAUUUAAAUGUAUGGAGUGUGGAAAGAGCUUCAGUCAGAGUGGAGAGCUUAGAACUCAUCAACGGAUUCACACAGGGGAGAAACCAUUUAAAUGCAUGGAGUGUGGAAAGAGCUUCACUGAGAGUGGAACACUUAGAAAACAUCAACGGAGUCACACAGGGGAGAAACCCUUUCAAUGCAUGGAGUGUGGAAAGAGCUUCACUGACAGUGGAAGCCUUAGAAUACAUCAACGGAGUCACACGGGGGAGAAACCAUAUAAAUGUAUGGAGUGUGGAAAGAGCUUCAGUCAGAGUGGAAGCCUUACAAUACAUCAACGGAGUCACACGGGGGAGAAACCAUUUAAAUGUAUGGAGUGCGGAAAGAGCUUCAGUCAGAGUGGAGACCUUAGAAUACAUCAACGGAGUCACACGGGGGAGAAACCAUUUAAAUGUAUGGAGUGUGGAAAGAGCUUCAGUAAGAGUGGAGACCUUAGAAAACAUCAAUGGUCUCACACACAGGAGAAACCAUUUAAAUGUAUGGAGUGUGGGAAGGGCUUCAGUGAGAGUGGACCACUUAGAAAACAUCAACGGUCUCACACGGGGGAGAAACCAUUUAAAUGUAUGGAGUGUGGAAAGAGCUUCAGUGAGAGUGGACAACUUAGAAUACAUCAACGGAGUCACAUGGGGGAGAAACCAUUUGAAUGCAUGGAGUGUGGAAAGAGCUUCACUCACAGUGGAACACUUAGAAUUCAUCAACGGAGUCACACGGGGGAGAAACCAUUUGAAUGCAUGAAGUGUGGAAAGAGCUUCAUUCAGAGUUCAGACCUUAGAAACCAUCAACGGACUCACACAGGAGAGAGGCCAUUUAAAUGUAUGGAGUGUGGAAAGAGCUUCAGUCAGAGUGGAGACGUUGGAAAACAUCAACGGAUUCACACAGGAGAGAAACCAUUUAAAUGUGUGGAGUGUGGAAAGAGCUUCAGUCAGAGUGGAAACCUUAGAAAACAUCAACGGACUCACAUGGGGAGAAACUAUAUAAGUGCCAGGGAAGUGGACUGUGGUUCAGUUAAAGGUGACGUCUUACAAACCAUCAAAAGACUCUGAGGGGUAAGAGCUGUAAGAGUGGAAACUCUACAAGCCAUGAAUUAACUAAAAAAUGAGAAAUGGUUUAAAUAGAAGGAGUGUUGAUUCUGCUUUGGUUAUUAUGGAACACUUUAAAGUGUAGAGCCUCUUUCUCUCCAAGUUGACACUUUAUUUCACUUCAAUAACAGGAAAUCAAUCUUAAAUGCAUGCAGCAUAUUUGAGCUUCUGUUGUUUGUAUGUAACAUUGUCUAGACAUGUUUUUAAAGUAAUGACGGUAACAUUUCACAAUAGUAAGCAUAAUAUAAUAUUUAAUGUACUGUUAGAUAGGGAAGGGAGUGUGUGAGUCUGGAGUGCUUCUGAAAUGUUUUAUCUGGGAAUGGAGAGUUGCACAAAGUGGAGCUGAGAUUGGUGGUGUUGCUUUGGAAGCAGAGUUAGAUUAAUAUUAUAGGAACAGCAACAUAUAACAUAUAACUCCCACUGUUAUAAUUGCAAUAAUGGAACCAUGAAGACACAGAAAGACGGUAAGCGCAUUCUUAUAUACCCAAGGUAAUCUGAAACCCUCAUCUAUUCUUUUGAUUUAUAGAUAUAUUCUAGUCGUGUCCGACUCUUCGUGACCCCAUGGACCAUAGCACGCCAGGCACUCCUGUCUUCCACUGCCUCCCGCAGUUUGGUCAAACUCAUGUUCGUAGCUUCGAGAACACUGCCCAACCAUCUCAUCCUCUGUCGUCCCCUUCUCCUUGUGUCCUCAAUCUUUCCCAACAUCAGGGUCUUUUCCAGGGAGUCUUCUCUUCUCAUGAGGUGGCCAGAGUAUUGGAGCCUCAGCUUCACGAUCUGUCCUUCCAGUGAGCACUCAGGGCUGAUUUCCUUCAGAAUGGAUAGAUUUGAUCUUCUUGCAGUCCAUGGGACUCUCAAGAGUUUCCUCCAGCACCAUAAUUCGGCAAUCAGCCUUCUUUAUGCUCCAGCUCUCACUUCCAUACAUCACUACUGGGAAAACCAUGGCUUUAACUAUACGGACCUUUGUAGGCAAGGUGAUGUCUCUGCUUUUUAAGAUGCUGUCUAGGUUUGUCAUUGCUUUUCUCCCAAGAAGCAGGCGUCUUUUAAUUUCAUGACUGCUGUCACCAUCUGCAGGGAUCAAGAAAGUAAAAUCUCACUGCCUCCAUUUCUUCCCCUUCUAUUUGCCAGGAGGUGAUGGGACCAGUGGCCAUGAUCUGGGUUUUUUUGAUGUUGAGCUUCAGACCAUAUUUUGCGCACUCCUCUUUCACCCUCAUUAAAAGGUUCUUUAAUUCCUCCUCACUUUCUGCCAUCAAGGUUGUGUCAUCUGCAUAUCUGAGGUUAUUGAUAUUUCUUCCAGCAAUCUUAAUUCCGGCUUGGGAAUCAUUCAGUCCAGCCUUUCGCAUGAUGAAUUCUGCAUAUAAGUUAAAUAAGCAGGGAGACAAUAUACAACCUUGUCUUUCUGCUUUCCCAAUUUUGAACCAAUCAGUUGUUCCAUAUCCAGUUCUAACUGUAGCUUCUUGUCCCACAUAGAGAUUUCUCAGGUGACAGAUGAGGUGAUCAGGCACUCCCAUUCCUUUAAGAACUUGCCAUAGUUUGCUGUGGUCGACACAGUCAAAGGCUUUUGCAUAAUCAAUGAAGUAGUAGUAGACGUUUUUCUGGAACUCUCUAGCUUUCUCCAUAAUCCAGCGCAUGUUUGCUAUUUGGUCUCUGGUUCCUCUGCCCCUUCGAAAUCCAGCUUGCACUUCUGGGAGUUCUCGGUCCACAUACUGCCUAAGCCUGCCUUGUAGAAUUUUAAGCAUAACCUUGCUAGCGUGUGAAAUGAGCGCAAUUGUGCAGUAGUUGGAGCAUUCUUUGGCACUGCCCUUCUUUGGGAUUGGGAUGUAGACUGAUCUUCUCCAAUCCUCUGGCCAUUGCUGAGUUUUCCAAACUUGCUGGCAUAUUGGGUGUAGCACCUUAACAGCAUCAUCUUUUAAAAUUUUAAACAGUUCAGCUGGGAUAUCAUCACUUCCACUAGCCUUGUUAUUAGCAGUGCUUUCUAAGGCCCAUUUGACUUCACUCUCCAGGAUGUCUGGCUCAAGGUCAGCAACCACACUUCCUGGGGUGUACAAGACCUCCAUGUCUUUCUGGUAUAAUUCCUCUGUGUAUUCUUGCCACCUCUUCUUGAUGUCUUCUGCUUCUGUUAGGUCCUUACCACUUUUGUCCUUUAUUACGGUAAUCUUUGUAUGAAAUGUUCCUUUCAUAUCUCCAAUUUUCUUGAACAGAUCUCUGGUUUUCCCCAUUCUAUUGUUUUCCUCUAUUUCUUUGUAUUGCUCGUUUAAGAAGGCCCUCUUGUCUCUCCUUGCUAUUUUUUGGAAAUCUGCAUUCAGUUUCCUGUAUCUUUCACUAUCUCCCUCGCAUUUUGCUUGCCUCCUCUCCCCCGCUAUUUGUAAGGCCUCAUUGGACAGCCAUUUUGCUUUCUUGCAUUUCCUUUUCCUUGGGAUGGUUUUCAUUGGCCUCCUGUAUAAUGUUACGAGCCUCCAUCCAUAGUUCUUCAGGCACUCUGUCCACCAAAUCUAAAUCCUUAAGCCUCUUCCUCACUUCCACUGUGUAUUCAUAAGGGAUUUGAUUUAGAUUGUAUCUUACUGGCCCAGUGGUUUUUCCUACUUUCUUCAGUUUAACCUGGAAUUUUGCUAUAAGAAGCUGAUGAUCUGAGCCACAGUCAGCUCCAGGUCUUGUUUUUGCUGACUGUAUAGAGCUUCUCCAUCUUUGGCUGCAGAGGAUAUAAUCAAUCUGAUUUUGAUGCUGCCCAUUUGGUGAUAUCCAUGUGUAGAGUAGUCUCUUGUGUUGUUGGAAAAGAGUGUUUGUGAUGACCAGCUUGUUCUCUUGACAGACCUCUAUUAGCCUUUGCCCUGCUUCCUUUUGAACUCCAAGGCCAAACUUGCCAGUUGUUCCUUUUAUCUCUUGAUUCCCUACUUUAGCAUUUCAAUCCCCUGUAAUGAGAAGAACAUCCUUCUUUGGUGUCAUUUCUAGAAGGUGUUGUAAGUCUUCAUAGAACUGGUCAAUUUCAGGUUCUUAAGCACCAGUAGUUUUGCAUAAACUUGGAUUACUGUGAUGUUAAAAGGUCUGCCUUGGAUUCGUAUCGAGAUCAUUCUGUCAUUUUUGAGAUUGCAUCCCAGAACAGCUUUUGCCACUCUUUUGUUGACUAUAAGGGCCACUCCAUUUCUUCUACGGGAUUCUUGCCUACAGUAGUAGAUAUGAUAGUCACCCGAACUAAAUUCGCCCAUUCCCUUCCAUUUUAGUUCACUGAUGCCCAGGAUGUCAAUAUUUAUUCUUGCCAUCUCAUUUUUGACCACAUCCAGCUUACCUUUAUCCAUGGUUCUUACAUUCCAGGUUCCUAUACAAUAUUUUUCUUUACAGCAUUGGACUUUCCUUUCGCUUCCAGGCAUAUUCGCAACUGAGCGACCUUUCAGCUUUGGCCCAGCCGCUUCAUUAGCUCUGAAUCUACUUGUACUUGUCCUCCGCUCUUCCUCAGUAGCAUGUUGGACGCCUUCCGACCUGAGGGGCUCAUCUUCCAGUGUCAUAACUUUUAUAUGCCUGUUGUCUUUGUCCAUGGAGUUUUCUUGGCAGGGAUACUGGAGUGGCUUGCCAGUUCCUUCUCCAGGUGGAUCACAUUUAGUCAAAACUCUCCACUAUGACCUGCCCAUCUUGGGUGGCCCUGCACGGCAUAGCUCAUAGCUUCUCUGAGUUAUUCAAGCCCCUUCACCACGACAAGGCAUUGAUCCAUGAAGGGGAUAUUGUGUUAUAUAUAUAUAUAUACCGUAUAUAUUGUCUUUAUAGAUACAGUGGUGCCUCGACUUACAAAGGUAAUCCGUUCCGACAGCACCUUCGUAAGUCGGAAAAUUUGUAAGUAGAAGCCCCCAUAGGAAUGCAUGGGGGGGGAGAGACGGGAACAUUCGUAAGUCGAAGAAACUGCAUCUAAAAAUUCAUAAGUCGAGGAAAACCCAUCUAAAGCUGCCCGCAGUUCCCCUUCGGAUGUCAAUGAAUUCGUUAGUGCGCAGCCAUUUUUUUCCUUCGGAUGUCGAAAAUUUCGUAAGUUGAGUCAUUCGUAAGUCAAGGUACCACUGUAUAUAUAUUUGGUGGCAGGAGAAAUUAAAGGGAUAUUUAGUGGUGUAACCAGGAAAAGCUCUGUUCCUAGCUGCACGUCUUGCAUAAGGAGGGAAGGGGGCACAGGGAAGAAGGGGCCGUACCAGAGCAUCUCAAAGAAAUGUGCUGGUGGGGGCAUGGUGACACAAGUUGUGUGUAGAAUGCUAUCCCCAAAAUGACACAGUGGAGAAACAAUAUGGAUGAGUAUAAUGUGGAAGGAGGUUCAGGCAAGUCCCAAACCAAGAGUGCUAAGGGUCAAUUUCCUCCAUAUCCACCAGCUGCCCCAAGGCAGGAGCCACCUCUGGCCACUUAGGGUGGAAAGCGUCCCCCCACCUUUGAAACUGGACAUGCUCCUAGGGCAGUGGUGGGAAACCUUUUAGAGACUGAGUAUCCAACCUGCAACGCAAAAUCCACUUGUUUAUCACAAAGUGCCAGCACGACAAUUCUACCUGUAUAUUCUCAGCCCCCCUGUUUGUUUCACAUUUCUUCUUUGGACUACUGCUGUAAUAAAUAAUCCUUCAUGAAAAGUUACUGCAUUGCAUUCUUCAUUAAAUUAUCUUUCCAUUGAUAUGUAAUAUUAUGGUAUAACCCAAUGCUUUUUUGCUUUAAAAACUUUUUUAGGGGGUAUAUUUAUUUUGACUCAAGAAAAUCACCACUGGGGGAAAGGAUGAAUACAGUUCAAAUUGGGGGGAAAUAAAUACAGCAGUACCUCAGUUUUCGAAAGGCUUAGUUCUCUAACUACUAAGAACCUAAAUAAAAAAAUUCCUUCCAGUAGCACUUUAGAGACCAACUACCGGUAAGUUUGUCAUUGGUAUGAGCUUUCGUGUACAUGCACACUUCUUCAGAUACACUGAAACAGAAGUCCCAAGACCCUUAUAUAUAGUGAGAGGGUGGGGAGGGGUAUUACUCAGAAGCGUGGUGGGAAUGGGUGAUUGGCUGAUAGGUGUGGUAAACCUGUUGAUGACUGUUCACAACUGCAAUUAGUCUUACAGGAAAAAGCAAGGGUGAGAUGGCUAAAAAUAGCUUUAUCGUGUAUAAUGAAGAAUCCAGUGUCUAUUCAGACCAGGUCUCUCCAUGGUUUUAAGUUGGGUAACAAGUUGCAAUUCAGCAACUUCUCUUUCCAGUCUAUUUCUGAAAUUCUUCUGUAAUAAGACAGCUACUUUGAGAUCUUGUAUAGAAUGUCCUGGGAUAUUGAAGUGCUCUCCUACUGGUUUCUCUGUCUUGUGAUUCCUGAUGUCAGGAUGUUCAGUGUAUCUGAAGAAUUGUGCAUGCACAAGAAAGCUCAUACCAAUGACAAACUUAGUUGGUCUCUAACUCAAACUUAGUUGUUCUCCCUAAGUUUGUAGGGGACGCAGGUGGCACUGUGGGUUAAACCACAGAGCCUAGGGCACGCCAAUCAGAAGGUCUGCAGUUCGAAUCCCCGCAACGGGGUGAUCUCCCAUUGCUCGGUCCCAGCUCCUGCCAGCCUAGCAGUUCGAAACCACAUCGAAGUGCAAGUAGAUGAAUAGGUACCGCUCCGGCGGGAAGGUAAACGCCAUUUCUGUGUGCUGCUCUGGUUUGCCAGAAGCAGAUUAGUCAUGCUGGCCAGAUGACCCGGAAGCCAUACGCCAGCUCCCUUGGCCAGUAAAGUGAGAUGAGCUCCGCAACCGCAGAGUCGUCCGCAACUGGACCUAACGGUCAGGGGUCCCUUUAUCUAAGGUGCUACUGGAAAGAUUUUAUUUUGUUUCAGUUACCUCAGACCAACACGGCUACAUACUUGGAUCCUGAAUACUUCAAACUCAGAAAUGAGUUUUGGAACUUUUUUUAGAAGCCAAACGUGCUCUGUUCUGAGUAUAACUUCCGUUUUGGGUGCCAUACUUCCGUUUUCCUUGCGAGGGAAGGCAGGCCGGGCAGCAAGUAGGAGUGGGAUCAGGCUACUCCAGGCAGCGUUGCUCCUUGCAUGGGAACAGGAGCUGGAUCGGGGCUGCUCAACUUGGGAGGUGCAGGCUCCAUCACACUUUCCAUUGAGGGGCUCGCGGCUGCACUCCCCUCAAGGGAGAAGUUUAAAGGAGCCCCCACCUCUGCAUCAGAUCCCCUGCAACCCCAUGAAGGCAGCCAGGCUGAAUAGUUGCUGGGGUUGGGGAAGGUGGAGGCAGCCCAGAAGCUGCAUCUGAGAGCCCCUGCACCACUUGAAGGCAGCCAGGCCUCCAUGUCUGAGAAAUCCCCGCCCUACUCCUGAACAAGGCUGCCUUCCAACAGUUAUGUACUGUAAUUCUUUCUCUCUUUGACAUGUGAAAUUGAGAGGGGGUGUUCCAUGGGGAGCGUGCCACUACUGAGAAGGCCUCUGCCUGGUCCCCUGUAAAUGUGAGGGAACUGCCAGAAGACCCUCGGAAGUGGACCUCUCCAGGCGAGAGCAGACUCAGGACUUGCAUGCCAAGCCAGGUUUUUCACCUUUCAC